AUGGUGUGCAGGCUGGACGGUCCGGAGCCGAGCAAGUCCUUUUGGUAUCCCAUUCCGAUGGUAGAUACCCUCGGCUUCUCCAAUGCUGACCCUGGCAACCCCCACGGGCAAUUCUCGAGCAAGAUUGUCAACGGACCAUUCCAUUACUUAUUCGGGACAGUAAGUAUCAGUCGAGGCCAUUUCUACGUCCACGGCGCGGAUUGGGCCACCGGUACGGGUGACGUGUUUGUCAACAUUGUCACCCAAGAGGGCAGGUCGCACACAGGCACCCACGUGCUGAGAAAUGAGGCCGGUCGCGUUGCGGGCGUCUUGGAGAUGUACGACGUGGACCAGGGCAGCGGAGACAACGCCACGUCGCAAAGCCGCGUCCCUUUGGACCUGAUCGCCAUCUCAAGAGGAGUCACUCGGCAGACCAACCAGGGCUACCCAGAGUGCGCCGCAAGACAAAAAUUGAGCAACUUUCAGGACGAUUCCUGGUAUGAGUUCUACAAUGUGGUCUGGGUUGUGUGGUCGCAAGGAGGAGCGAAUGUGGCGUUGAGGAGAGGACUGGGCCGAAUCCCAGUAAAAGUGUGGGAUAAGUCUUCGACGGAACUCGAAGAUGUCGUAUUUGGUUGA